AUGGGCACGGCCUGCUGCCCGUUCAGCUCGGAGGGGACCAGGCUGCUCAUGGGUGUUUUAAUUUCACCCAUGAGCAGCCAUGGGGGAUCCCCCUUGGCCCAGCGGGCGGACACCCAGCAAGGGAGCGAUUCACUCCCGCUUGCUGGUGGAGACCAAAGGAUCAGUACCGACCAACUUGAUUGGGAAUGGUCGCGCAGUUGGCCAUGA